AUGUUGGGGACUCUGCCAGAUCUCCAGAAGACAAAUUUGAAAGACUAUGUGGCACCUUUAGUACAUGCAUACAAUGCAAAAAUCCACGGUUCUACCGGCUUUUCUCCUUUCUAUUUAAUGUUUGGACGUGAACCUCGUCUACCUGUGGAUGUCGAGUUUGGAGUGACUCCUCAUACUGCAUGUUCAGGGAGAUUUGUGGAUAACCUUAGACAUGCAGAAGCGCAGAAGCAUUCACGUCUAGCUGCGGACCGAAACAAGCGUUAUUAUGAUGUAAAGAAAAGUGAAGCACAGCAGGAACAAAGGGAUAGAUUCUUAGUUAGAAAUUGCACACCGGCUGGAAAACUUGAUAACAAGUGGGAGCAGCAUGU